AUGUGUGGAUUGGUGUUUGAGGACUACUUGGCGCAGAGCAGGCCCAAGCUGAUCUGGUCCGGCAAGUCCGACAAGUACACAAAGAUCCCAGCUUUUGAAGAAUUGGAGCAGAGCCCAGACGCCAAGUUUUUGCAUAUAUGCGCCAAUGAAACCAUCCACGGGGUUGAGUUCAAGACCUACCCAACUCCCAAAAAUGGCCUCUUGAUUGCUGAUAUGUCCUCAAAUUUCUGCUCCAAACCGGUGGAUGUGUCCAAGUUUGGGAUCAUCUAUGCGGGAGCCCAGAAAAACGUGGGCCCAUCCGGAGUGAAUCUGAUUGGCAAUGCUCAAGAGAUCACACCUGUGAUGCUGGACUUCAAGAUUCAUGAUGAGAACAAGUCUCUUUACAACACACCACCUUGCUAUGGCAUUUACAUGUGUGGGUUGGUGUUUGAGGACUUGCUGGAGCAGGGUGGUUUGGGUGAGAUUGAGAAGAAGAACAAGAGGAAGGCUGAUCUUUUGUACAACGCCAUUGAUGAGAGCAAAGGGUUUUACAGGUGCCCAGUUGAGAAGUCUGUGAGGUCAUUGAUGAAUGUGCCGGUUACUCUCGAGAAGCCGGAGUUGGAGGCUGAGUUUGUGAAGGAGGCAGCGAAAGAGACUAUUGUUCAGCUCAAGGGACAUAGGUCAGUGGGAGGGAUGAGGGCUUCAAUUUAUAAUGCCAUGCCUUUGGCUGGGGUUGAGAAAUUGGUUGCUUUCAUGAAGGAUUUCCAGGCUCAAGAUUUAGUAGCAUACAUUACUGGUAGAGUUGUUAGCAUCUUUGGUUUGUUGACCCAUCAUCAUCAUCUGCCUGAAAACCACCAGAUGGUGAAAUGGAAAAUGAAUGGUCCCCCAACUCAGAAAUUGAUUCACAACCAUGGAACUCAUCACUUCAAUGGCAACGCGAUGAAUAGUAAUAGAGUCAAAGACACAACCAGCUGCCUGCUGAGGCUUUACGUCAAUAUCAGUCACCUUUGCCAGUUCAUCAGCAAUUUCAAUUUCGGAUAUGCUCAAUUCAUACACAUUCUAUAA